AUGGUGGACUACUACAGAGUCCUGGAGGUGCCAAAAACCGCUACUACAUCAGAAAUUAAAAGGCAUACAGAAAAUUGGCAUUAAAAUGGCAUCCCGACAAAAACCCGGACAACAUGGACGAAGCAACAAAAAAAUUCAAAGAAAUAUCAGAGGCAUACGAAGUUUUAUCAGACGAUUCUAAAAGAAAGAUUUAUGACAGUCGAAGCAGCCGAAGUACCUCGUCAAAAACAAGAUCCUACAGAAGAGAUUUCGAUUUCAAUCCUUUCUCACAGAGAUAUUUUGAGAAAAAGAGACGUGUUUAUGAUGAAUAUGGCAAAGACGGUUUACUGAAUGGCAACAGUCGCAGCAGAAGUAGACACGAAGACGAUUUUGACUUUGGCGGAUUUGGAUUCUUUACCUUCAGAGACCCAGAGGAUGUUUUCAGAGAAUUUUUCGGUGCCACAGUUUUCGAUCUUCUAGAUCCACACGCAAGAGAUAGAAGACGUCACAACAGGCACUCCCACCCGCAAAAUGCUCUGAGCAGCACAUCCCUUUUCAGUCCCUUCGGUCUACAAAUCGGCGGUAAUUUCAUGGACGAUUUCUUUGCACCAGGACCGCAUACGGGUGGCUUUACUUCUUUUAGUUCAAUAAAUACCUCGUUCGGUGGUGCUCCUAGUAAUGCAAACGUCAAGAGGACCUCAACUUCUACAAGGUUCGUCAGUGGAAAGAAGAUUACUACGAAAAAGAUUUAUGAAAACGGAAAAGAAACUGUGCUGUCUUACGAAAACGAUGUGCUAAAAUCAAAGACUGUGAAUGGGGUGUCACAAAGUAUAACUUACAGUUAA